GGAAGGAGCAUGUCAUAAUAAGUCAAUGUCCACGGCGCGCUCGCAGCUUCCUCAGCGUGGUGUAGAUUUCGUGGGAGAUCGGGCAUCUCCGACACCGGUCGGCCUAGGGGCACGGCAUUCGGGAGCAGACAUCCACAGCGGGGCAAGCUGCCCAGCUGCCCCUCAUCGGCUUCACCAGUGCCCCGCCCCCAGCAGCGGCACGGUCGAACUCUCCCGAUAGCGUUUUGGGAAGGAAAGUCGACGAGAAGGUUAUAUAUUGGGCCGACGUCCGCGAUCGACUUGCAUUGCAAUUUCUAGGCCGUUGAACGAUGAGGACAACCGCAACCCACUUUCUCCAAAUCCUGAACUCACAGCUCCGACACCCCACCGCCAUCACCACCACCACCACCAAAAUGAAGCUCCUCUACCCCAACUCGCUCGAGCUCGACACGGCCAGCAUCCGGGGCUUCGCGCCCACGCUGUACGAGUACGACGUGCACGCGCGAAUUCCCGACCAUCUGCUCGACGCCGAGAUCCUGGUGACGUGGACCAACAGCGCGGCGAACCUGCGCGACGCCAAGGCGCGCAUGCCCAACCUGCGCUGGAUUCAGUCGCUCGCGGCGGGGCCCAACGACGUGCUGGGCGCCGGCUUCGACCCCCGCGCCGUCGCCGUUACCACCGGCUCCGGCCUGCACGACCGCACCGUCGCCGAGCACGCGCUGGGCCUGUUGCUCAACGCCGCCCGCCGCUUCUACGAGAUGCGCGACUACCAGCUGCAAGGGAAGUGGCCCGGCCACCUCGGCGGCCCGCAGCCCGACCGCGCCCCCGGCAGCUUCCGCACCCUGCGCGACGCCCGCGUGACGGUCUGGGGGUUCGGCAACAUCGCCAAGACGCUGACUCCGCACCUUGUCGCCCUCGGCGCCACCGUGCGCGGCGUCGCCCGCCACCGGGGCGUGCGCAACGGGAUCGAGGUGUUUGGCGAGGACAGCCUGACCGAGCUGCUGCCGCAGACGGACGCGCUGGUCAUGAUCCUGCCGGGCGACGCCUCGACGCGCCACGCGCUUGCUGCCGAGCGCUUGGCGCUGCUGCCCAACCACGCGUGGGUCGUCAAUGUCGGCCGCGGCUCGUCCAUCGACGAGGACGCCCUGCUCAAGGCCCUCGAGGCCGGGACUAUUGGCGGUGCCGCCCUCGACGUCUUUGACACGGAGCCCCUGCCCGAGGCCAGCCCCCUGUGGAAGGCGCCGAAUCUCAUCGUCUCGCCGCAUGCUGCAGGCGGCCGGCCGCAGGGCGCCGAAGCGCUGAUUGUUGAUAACCUGCGCAGGUUUUUGGCCGGUCAGCAGUUGAGGAACGCACUUUAGAGUGGCUGCGUGUUUUGGCUGACGGAGGGCUGAUUGAGCUGGGAACUUUGGAUGAAAGGAAGCACCAUUGGAUGGCGUAAUUCUUGGAUCACGGAGAUUCCUUGACAGGUUAGUUUCCUUGGACAGGUUAGUUUGCUUGGACAGGUUAGUUU